AGUGACGUCAUCGCCACGCGCCCAGCAGAAAGCUCCCUAAGAAGGUGGAAGGGGAUGUUGAGUAGGCUGCAGGAGCUCCGCAAGGAGGAGGAGACCCUGCUGCGCCUGAAGGCGGCCCUGCACGACCAGCUGAACCGCCUCAAGGUUGAAGAAUUGGCCCUUCAGUCAAUGAUAAGUUCUCGAGGAAGGACUGAGACACUGUCUUCUCAGCCGGCACCUGAACAGUUAUGUGAUAUUUCGCUGCAUGUAGACAAUGAAGCGUCUAUCAAUCAAACCACACUGAAGCUGAGCACAAGGAGCCCUAUGGAGGAGGAGGAGGAGGAAGAAGAGGAGGAAGAAUCUGAUUCUUAAGUGGGGCGGGGGACAAGGGCUAGGGUUAGUUAUACAAGCUAAACGAAGUCUUGUGUACUUCAUCUCUUCAAAGUUGUCUUGCAGGGCCUAUGUGAAAGAUUUAUAUUCUUAUAAAUGGAAGAGGCUCAGUCGAUAUAGUAUCUACAUGCAAAUAUGAAGAUCUGAGUUUGGAGCCCCAGAGUCUGUGUAAAAACCUAGGCAGAGUGUCACAUGUCUGUAACUCCAGCACUGGGGAUAGGAAGACCGACAGAUCCCUGAAGCACACUGGCCAGCCCUUCUAGCCAAACCAGUGAGUUUCAGGUUCACUCAGAGACCCAGUGUAAAAAGAACAGUGAGAAUGGGCAUAGAGGCACCCGUCUCAAUCCCAGCAUGCAUGAAAAGGUUUAAAUAGCAAGCUGGAAAAAAAAAAGAUUUGUUUUUUUCCUGCUGAGAUAAAUAAAUCAGUCCAAUUUCACUACCAGAGGAAUGGGAAAAAGUAGAUGACAUCUGAUCAACAUGUAAAAGAUCACAGAAAGAUAACAGAGCUUUAACGGACUUGGGCAUUUACACACUUGUAAUCCCAGGCUUUGGAAUGUUCUAGCAAGAAUGGCUGCCAUGCACUGUAAAGCCAACUUGACUAUAAGCAGAACCAAAGACAAUGCCAGGUCUUAGCAUAUGAGGCUGAUUGAGAUCAGCCAGUCUCUCUGUUCCAUCUAUUUUCUGAAAAAGGCAAACACUAUACAAAGUGACCUAAUUUCAGUCAUUGCCAGGGGCACUCACAUGGGAAGUGACAGGGGAGGCAGAGGCAGGAUAUCAAGCCAGUGUGAUGUUCCACACAGCAAGUUCCAGGACAGUCAGGACUACAUAGAGAAAACCUGUCUCAAAAAAUACAGAAAAAGCUGCCAGUAACCUCUGGCCAUCAGCAUACCUCAAAACACAUCAAACACACCAUAUAUACCCCCAUGCUGACAACUCCCUACACAACACAAUAUAUACACUGGUUUUGUGUAAGAUAUUCUCUCAAAGAGGAAAUGAAUAUCAAUGAAAUGGCCUUUUUAUUUUGUGUGUGCAUGUAUGUGUGGACACAUGUACCACUAUGCAUAUGGAGGUUAGUGAACUUAUGGAAGUUUGCUCCUCUUCCACCAUGUGAGUUCCAAGGAUUAUAGUCAGGUCGUCAGGCUUGGCAACAAGCCUAGAGAACCAUGUCACCUGCACGUGACUGCUGCUGGUGUCUGAAGGCUAUACUUUGCUUGUGUAUGAGCAUGGGUAAAUACAUGUGUAUAUAAAGCUGAAUCUCUCAAAGCUGGAGUUAAAGAUGUUUCUGGGGUACCCAGUUUCAAGUGUGCUGGUAUCCAGAUUGUUCCUCACGGUAGCACAGCAGCACUCUUAGGAAUAAGACUAUUCCUAGGCUCCUCUGCAUCCUGUUUUUCCUGACUUUACAGCCACCUCAAAGCAUGACAAAGCCAUCAGUGAGAGCAUGCCUCUUCUGGAAGGUGUACUUAAUUCUAAUAGUGAGGGGAGACCAUUUCCCAGCAUAGUACAGCAGACUGACCAGACCAGGGUGAGGGCUCUCUCAUACCAGCAAGGACCUCUUGAGAGCAUGGCUGUUAGAAUUGCAGGUAGGCCCUACUACGUGAAAUAAGGAGUGUUCUGUGAGAAACCGCCUGAUUCAGGUUCAACACUGUGCUAGCUAGGUCUGGGUCAGCUUGACAGUCAUCUGAGAGGAGGAUUCUCACCUCAGAAACUGCCUCUAAGAUUGGGCUUUAGGCAUUCUCUUAUUGAGGUGUGAGGGUGGACCUGGGUGCUGUACUUAAAACCAAACCAAUAAGCAGCAUUCCUCCGCUGCCUUUUGCAUCAGCUUCUAGGUUCGCUCUGUUUGAAUGCCGCCUUGGUUUACUUCAGUAGACUGUGAUUUAGGAUAUGUAAACCAAGGAAUCCCUUUCCUCCUCAAACUGCUUUGGCAAGGGUGUUUUAUCACAGCAAUAGAAACCCUAAGAUGCCCACCUACAGUCUUUCCUUUGUGUAAAGAGACUACAGGUACUGGGAAGGUGGUAGGAAUCACUGUUAAGUUGCAAAUGAGAAGAGUUGGUACAAAGACUGAAGUUGCAGUAGACCCAUAAGCCCCUGCACAGAUCUGGUCAGUGUGUGCCCUUGGUAGUUUUUUGUUGUUUCUUUGGAGACAAAGUCUCUUCACACACCCCUGGCUGUUCACCAUAUAGAUCAGGCAAGCCUCAAACUCAAACCCACCCAACCUUCCUCCCAAGUACGGGGAUUAAAGUCGAGUACGCUCUUGCUCGUGGUAUAUUUGGCUAGUGUUUGUCAACACAAGCUAGAGUAAUUUCAGAAGAAGGAACCUCAAUUGGGAAACUGCCCACAUCAAACUGGCCUGUGGGUGAGCAUGUGCAUCUUAAAUGAUGAUUGAUGUGGGAAACCCAGCUUACUGAGGGCAGUAUUGCCCCUGGCGGGUAAGAAAGGUUCCAAAAACAGUUCCUCCCUGGCCUCCUGCUUUCAGUUUCUGCCUCUGGUUCCUGUUGUUCCCUGGAUGGUGGACUAACUACAAGCUGAAAUAAGCCCCCUGCUCUCUGCUUUCGGUCAGAGUGUGCGUAUCAGCAACAGAAACCUUCGUAAGACAAUACAGCAUUUAUGUCUCCA